CAGAUCAGUCUUUCCGGUUAACGACACAUCCCAAGAUGGCGGUGCAAAUUUCCAAGAAGAGAAAGUUUGUCGCUGAUGGUAUCUUCAAAGCUGAACUGAACGAGUUCCUCACAAGAGAGCUGGCUGAGGAUGGCUACUCAGGUGUGGAGGUUCGUGUCACCCCAACUAGAACUGAAAUCAUCAUCUUGGCUACCAGGACACAGAACGUGCUUGGUGAGAAGGGGCGUCGUAUACGUGAGCUGACUGCAGUGGUCCAGAAGAGGUUUGGCUUCCCUGAGGGCAGUGUAGAGCUGUAUGCUGAGAAGGUUGCCACUCGUGGUCUUUGCGCCAUUGCCCAGGCAGAGUCUCUGCGCUACAAGCUUCUCGGGGGUCUCGCUGUCCGCAGGGCCUGCUAUGGUGUCCUACGGUUCAUCAUGGAGAGCGGGUCCAAGGGUUGCGAGGUGGUGGUCUCUGGAAAGCUCCGAGGCCAGAGGGCCAAGUCCAUGAAGUUUGUGGAUGGCCUCAUGAUCCACAGUGGAGACCCCGUUAACUACUACGUCGACACCGCUGUCCGCCACGUGCUCCUCCGCCAAGGUGUGCUGGGGAUUAAGGUGAAAAUCAUGCUGCCCUGGGAUCCCAGCGGUAAGAUUGGCCCCAAGAAACCUCUCCCUGACCACGUGAGCAUUGUGGAGCCCAAGGACGAGCAGGUCCCCUCAACGCCCAUCUCUGAGCAGAAGGGAGCCAAGCCGGAGGCCGCUGUCGUCGCACCUGCCACACCCGUCCCAACAGCAUAACCACAAGGGACCCCAAGCCAGCAUCUCACAUUUUCAAUGUAAGACGGGUUUAGUGACGUGUUAAAGGCAGGAUAAGUUACGGCGCUGAUUUGACUUUUCCCCCUGCACACAAACUAUUUCCUACUAUCCCUGUCUGCAUCACACUGCUGGCAGGGACGCUUGGCAUCAUAACACACAUCACCCAUUGACAUACUAAUAUAUAAAUUUAGUUAAAAUUGAAAUCUGCGAUUGCUACAUCAAAUUUUGUGUAUACCCAUUAGGGAUGUCCCAGAACAAAAAAUAAACUAGUUAUCUUGGUUGACAGGGUAGUAUGUUCUUUCAACCCUCUCCUCCUGCUGCUACGCUCCUGAAGUUUCUGGUAAUGGGCUACACCAGGCGUCAGCAAACUUUUCCAUCUGGAGUGCCAAUUUAUCUUACCAUUUCUACUGAUCUGCGUGCCAGUUAGGAUUUAAGGAUCUUUAGUUAGGAUCUUUGAAUCUGUCAUUGUCAUGUGGUUACUCUAAAUUCUAUCAAAAUGAUCUAAGUCUUAAAGUAACUAUUGUCAUUGCCAGCUAUAAAAAUAGCCUACAUAAAGCCGAAAAAUAAACAUUGCAGCCUGAGGGAGGGAAAAAAUCCAGAUUUUUUUUUAAAUCUAAGAAAUCACAUUGGCUACACGUGGCUGUCUGCAACAAACUUGAAACAGUUUCAACUGUGUCUGUCCCUAAGCUAGCGCUAGCCAAUUUAAUUUAAAAUAUUCUGGAUUGUUCUGGAUUAUUAUUGUUUCCUGCGCCAGUGAGCUCGGGACAGACGGCUGUAGGCCUUUUGUGCAAGGGAUAAGAAGUAAUCAGUUAUUUUAUGACAUUUCCAGUGGAUAGGAGCAUUACACUUUAACCUUUCAUGUCAAGUGGUUAUCGAAAGGGAGAGAGAUGGAAUUACUUGUCAAAUACAUUGAGUUACUAUUGUCAUUCUCAGUAGAUUCUAAAAAAAAAUGCUUUAUCUUGCUGUUUUGAGGAACAUUUGAGGAGAAACUCUACAGCUGGUGAGUUAAGACAGUCAGAAGUACUAUCAAAACGGGCCCAAAUGGGCACAUUUAAGCACAGGCCAAGUUGCCUGGACCUACUUCUAUAUGCAUAAUUUGGGGUCUUGUACCAAUUUUUUUACUUGCAACUUCUCGACUAAAGAAAUCUUGUUUGAUCAACAGAUUAUCGACCAGGCAAUAGCCCUCAUCCAUAUGUCUAUGAAUUUGAGGGUGAUUGCGUUUCUCCUGCCCAUCCCUCAGCUGUCUACUGAAACAAUGGUGGGGUACUGUUUUGUUUGAACUGCAGAAUGUCUUUUUAAAGAGUCGUAGAAGGGUUUAAAGCAAGAGUAGGCAACUAGAUUCAGGAGUGAUUUUGUCAGGUGGCUGGAACAUAAUUAAUGAUUUGUACAAUGCACAUUGACCACAACUAAGAUCGUAUUUAAAAAAAAAAAUCAUACCUUGAUUACAUCUGUGUAUUUGUUACAAUUUAGCCUCCCCCAUCUUCCACUGAACUUUCGAUGGCCAGAGGGGCCGCCUGUUGCUGACCCUUAGUUUAAAGGUGGUGAAAUUUCAAUGAAUGUCCCUUUGUUCUUUUCCAGGUCAUCGUGAGUUGAGGAAAUUCUCCAAAUACCUUUUUGUUUUUCAAGAAACAAAUAAAAUAUUUAAAUGUUGUCUUAA